AUGGAUGAUCUCUACGAUGAAUUUGGUAACUACAUCGGGGGCGCAGAAGAGUCGGAUGAGGAAGUGCAACAUGAGCAGACUCAGCCGCAAUCUUUUUCUUUCGAAGAGGCUUUUGAGGAGGAUGAGGAUGAGGACGAGACUAAUGAGCAACAGUUGAUGCAGGUCGAUGAGGGUCCUUCAAAUGCCGUUGUUUUACAUGAAGAUAAACAAUACUACCCUAGUGCGCAGCAGGUAUAUGGGACAGAUGUUGAAACGCUUGUACAAGAAGAAGACACGCAGCCGCUGUCUGAGCCGAUAAUUGCCCCGGUCCAACAAAAGAGGUUCGCGUUUGAGGAAGCCGAAUUGCCACCAGUUUACUAUUCACGAGAGUUUAUGACCGAUUUACUCAAUUUCCCAGACCAGACAAGGAAUAUCGCGGUUGUCGGCCACCUCCAUCAUGGAAAAACGGCGUUUAUGGAUAUGCUCGUGGCGCAAACGCACGAUUUGACCGAGCGUCUAGAAAAGCGAAUAGGCCGACGGAAGGAGGAGCAGCUUCGGUAUACUGACAUCCAUUUCCUGGAGCGCGAACGAGGACUUUCCAUCAAGUCUGCGCCGAUGAGCUUGAUUCUUCAAAACACAAAAGGAAAAUCCCAUCUUUUCAACAUCCUUGACACGCCGGGACACGUAAACUUUGUGGAUGAGGUAGCUGCAUCAGUGCGACUAGCGGAUGGUGUGGUACUCGUGGUUGACGUCGUGGAAGGGGUACAGGCCAAUACAGAACAAAUAAUCAAGCAUGCCGUCCUGGAGGACCUCCCAAUGACGAUGGUUGUGAACAAGAUGGACAGAUUGAUUCUGGAGCUGAAGAUCCCACCCAACGAUGCCUACUUCAAGCUGAAACAUGUGAUUGAGGAAGUGAACACGGUAAUCGAGAAUGUUUUACCGGGCCAAGGCGAAAAGAAACGACUAAGUCCUGAGAAAGGAAACGUUGCUUUCGCGUGUAGUUCCAUGAAUUGGUGCUUCACAUUGCAGUCAUUCGCCAAGACAUAUGCCGACUCUUACCCUCAAAUCGAUACGAACGAGUUUGCUCGACGUCUUUGGGGUGAUGUUUUCUUCAAUCAAAAUAGCCGAAAAUUCAUGCGGAAAGGAGCCGAGGAGAACUCGAGGCGUACCUUUGUGAAAUUCGUCCUGGAACCCAUCUACAAGCUCUACUCGCACACGAUUAGUGAAAGUCCGGAAGACCUGAAGGAAACGCUUGCGAGCGUGGGCAUCAACCUUAAGCCUUCACAGCUGAAGACCGAUGCCAAGGAGCUACUUAGUUUGGUCUGUGAACAAUUCUUUGGUCCUGCAACUGGCCUCGUGGACAUGAUUAUCCAGCAUGUCCCAUCCCCGGUGGAGGGCGCGCAAAAGAAACUUGAUCGGUACUACACGGGCCCACUCGAUACGAAGGUAGGAGCUGCCAUGGCCGCCUGUGACGCUGAUGGUCCCCUUGUUGUCCAUGUUACGAAGCUCUUCAACACCACAGAUGCCGCCAGCUUCCAUGCAUUUGGAAGAAUUAUGAGUGGCACAGCACGGCCUGGCCAGCAGGUUCGAGUGUUGGGCGAAGGCUAUACACCCGAAGAUGAGGAAGACAUGGUUAUUGCAACCAUUUCCGACACAUGGAUCGCAGAAACGUGCUAUAACAUUCCGACGAGCGGUGUCCCUGCGGGUAAUUGGGUGCUUCUAGGGGGUGUGGAUGAUUCCAUUGUCAAGACCGCAACCCUGAUGCCUCUCAAACUCGAGGAUGACGAGGAAGCCUACAUCUUCAGGCCUAUUCGGCAUAUCACCGAGUCUGUAUUCAAAGUUGCGGUUGAGCCGGUCAAUCCAUCCGAAUUACCCAAGAUGCUUGAUGGCCUGCGCAAGGUCAACAAGAGCUACCCUCUAAUAUCCACCAAAGUGGAAGAGUCUGGUGAGCAUGUGGUCUUGGGUACUGGCGAGCUCUACAUGGAUUGUGUACUUCAUGAUCUCCGUCGACUGUACUCGGAGAUGGAAAUCAAGGUGUCAGACCCUGUCACGCGCUUCUGUGAAACUGUCGUCGAGACCUCUGCUAUCAUGUGCUACUCCAUCACACCAAAUAAGAAGAAUAAGGUCACCAUGAUUGCAGAGCCAUUGGAUGAUGGUAUCGCCGAGGAUAUCGAGAGUGGUAAGGUCAGCAUCAAGGACCCUAUCCGAAAGGUAGCACGUUACUUUGAGGAUAACUACGAGUGGGACAAGCUCGCUGCCAGAAGCAUAUGGGCCUUUGGUCCGGAUGAAAUGGGGCCGAAUAUACUCCAAGAUGACACGCUACCAUCACAAGUCGACAAGAAGCUUCUUGGAUCAGUCAGAGAUUCUAUUACGCAAGGCUUCGGUUGGGGUACCAGGGAGGGCCCACUUUGUGAAGAGCCUAUUCGAAAUGCCAAAUUCCGGCUUACCGACGUUUCUCUUGCUGAUCAAGCAAUUUAUCGAGGAGGCGGUCAGAUUAUUCCCACGGUCCGACGUGCCAUCUACUCGUCUUUCCUUAUGGCAUCUCCUCGCCUUAUGGAGCCCAUUUAUUCAUGCAAUAUGACAGGCCCUGCUGACGCCGUUGCAUCUGUGUACACGGUUCUCUCACGCAGGAGAGGACAUGUCCUUUCGGACGGGCCAAUUGCCGGAACUCCACUUUAUUCAGUCCGUGGAUUGAUCCCUGUGAUCGACUCCUUUGGUUUUGAGACUGAUCUUCGAAUCCACACUCAGGGACAGGCUGCGGUCAGUCUUGUUUUCGAAAAGUGGAGCGUGGUUCCCGGAGAUCCCCUGGAUCGUGAUGUCAAACUCAGACCUUUGGAGAUGGCACCGGCUAUGGCCACUGCCCGGGAUUUUGUCUUGAAGACAAGACGACGAAAGGGUUUGGCGGAGGAUGUGACGGUGAGCAAAUUUUUGGAACCGGAGCUCUGGAAGAGCUUGAAGGAAAGUGGCGUUCUGGACUCUUAA